AUCGCAGCAGAGAGUCAGUUCACUCAGCGACUUGAACGUGUUAACAACACACACUCAACAAAAACACAUAACAACCCGAGAAAAGAAAAAAGAAAACCAAUUUCGAUUUUCCUUUCAUGAGAACCAACCGCACACACUCAUACAAAAACGAAACGACCUAAACAUAUAUUUGAAAACAAUAACAACAAAAAAAGAAUAAGAAAAUCUCCUUAAAAACGAACACGCACAAUUUAAAAGAAGAAGAAAAGAGAACGAAAGAAAAAUCUCAUAAAAGUGAAACAGUGUAACUGUGUAGCAAAUUUUGAAAACAGUCUUGAAACGUUUGUCGAAGUGUAAAGACCAAAAACGCGCGCGCCCUACUUGGAUUACCGCCAGCCAUCAAAAACUUGGAUUACUUAUUUUUUCUUACUUGUCAAACGUGAUUUUCGAAAACCUCAACAAAAUGCAUUUGCCUGCUGGUCCCACCAUGGUUGCUGCCCCCGCCCAGGCUUUGCCCUCCAGCAACAACAACAACUCGAAUAACAAUCGCGCCAACAGUGCCAGUUCCACUGGUUCCUCAACGCCCGAUAACACCUCGAAUGCCGCCAAAAUGCCCAGUUCCAUGACCGACAUGUUUGCCAGUCUCCACGAAAUGUUGCAAGAAUACCACGGCGAACUGGCCCAGACCGGCUCACCAUCCAUCCUCUGCAGCGCUUUGCCCAAUCACUGGCGUUCCAACAAAUCCCUGCCCGGUGCCUUCAAAGUCAUUGCUUUGGAUGAUGUACCCGAUGGUACCUUGGUCACCAUCAAGUGCGGCAAUGAUGAGAACUACUGCGGCGAACUGAGAAAUGCCACCGCCAUCAUGAAGAAUCAAGUUGCCAAAUUCAAUGACUUGAGAUUUGUGGGUCGUUCAGGACGUGGCAAGUCUUUUAGCCUGACCAUCACCAUUGCCACCUAUCCCGUGCAGAUUGCCUCAUACACCAAGGCCAUUAAGGUCACCGUUGAUGGACCUCGGGAGCCAAGAAGUAAGCAAAGCUAUGGAUAUCCUCAUCCCGGCGCCUUCAAUCCAUUCAUGCUGAAUCCAGCAUGGUUGGAUGCCGCCUACAUGACCUACGGCUAUGCUGAUUACUUCCGCCAUCAGGCAGCCGCCGCUGCCGUCCAUCAUCCUGCCUUGGCCAAGACCUCACCAUCUUUGCCCAAUGGCCAAACUGUGGUUCCGCCACCACAGGCUGCCGCCGCCGGUUCACCCAAUGAAUACCGCCUGCCCAGCCAAAUUACACCACCACCAUCGGGAGUCAAUGCCAUCCCCGCCACCAGCAUGAUUCCCUCGCCUCCAGGAUCCACCUAUAGCAUGCCUCAAUUCCCCUUCAAUCCCGUGGCAGCUGCUGCCGCCGCCGCUGCUGCAUCAGCUCAUCCAGAUUUGUUGCAUCCUCACCAGAAGCCAGCCCAUGCCCAUGCCUUCCAUCCCUACAACUUGGCCGCUUUGCGUGGAGGUCGUCCAUCCCAUUUGCACAACACCUCGUUGGGAUCGCACUCCUCAACGGAACACAUUAGUCCAGCUCACAUUAGCCCUGCCUCAUCCCGGCCCUCAUCGUCCUCACCCACCCAUCAAGCCUUGCACAACAAAUUGAACACCUCGGUGGAAAGCAACUCCUUGCACGAACAAUCUGCCUCCGAUGCCGAUUCGGAUGAUGAACAAAUCGAUGUUGUCAAAUCAGCCUUUGUGCCCAUACUCCGUCCCCAGGUGCCCAGCCUGAAUGGAUCCACUGAAGAUUUGGACAAAUCCCUGGAUUCGGCCCGUUCCUCACCCGUUCAACCCUUGGGCCGUCAACGUUGCGACCUGAAAGCCCCCUCCGCCAUGAAGCCCUACUAUCACGAAUCAUCCUCACGCCAGUCCACCUCUCCCGAAACCACCCUGCCCGCUGCCACCAAACUAAAGAAUGCUUCCAGCCAACAGAAGACCGUUUGGCGCCCAUACUGAGAAGUUACGAUGGCGAAAGAAAUCGUCAUUGCAAUUCAUUUACUACGGCUUGCCAAGGAAUUGGCAUGGAAGCGUAUUCUAAUGGCCAACGAAAGCGGCGGCAUUUGAGAUGUCUGCCUGCCGGCAGCAGCAGCACCAGCAACCAGAAUUGCCAAAAUCUCUCGCUCUUUGGCAAUCUUAAGCUGAAUUGCGUGUCCUGAGCAGCAGCAGCAGCACCAAAACAAUCAAGCGAUCACGUUCAAACGGAACCAUUAUGUGGAUAGCUGGAGUUCUCAUUAUGCCGACGGCAAAACACUGAAAUAGUGUUCCAGUUACACACACAUACACGAUGAUAUAUCACCGCCUUCAUGGUUUGCUUGUUUGGUACUCAAAAACGAAAAAACAAAAAAACUUGUGAUAAAAAAGGAGCUUGGACUUCUUCAACAAAA